UCUCUGAUCUUUUUUCUAUUUAACUAACAGAUCUUGGGACAUUUUUCUCUAUCUUCAAUACUCUGCUAGAAGUAUUCUCUGUGUUUGUGCAAAAGUUCAAGGUGAAAGUUCGCUACAGUGUCAUCAAUUUCUUUCUUAGUUCCGAAGGUGUCAAGGUUAAAUUUGUGAAUCCAGUCAAUAUCAGAUACAUAUCACUUUCAGUAAGUUCGUCUUCAGUCAUGGAACAUGUUGUAUCUGAAAAUGUUGCACAACCGAUUGAGCUACUUCAUGGAGUUGAGGAUAAAUAUGGAGGUGUCAUUCUAGAUAUGAAGGACCCAUUGGAUUCUGAGGUCUUUGUUGCUGCUCUUAGAGCUUCAAUAUCAAAAUGGAGGCAAGAGGGUAAGAAAGGUAUUUGGAUGAACUUGCCCAUUGAACUUGUAAAUCUUGUUGAAGCUGCUGUUAAGGAGGGUUUCUACUACCACCAUGCUGAGCCAACAUACUUAAUGCUUGUCUAUUGGAUUCCUGAAACUCCAAGUACUAUACCUGCAAAUGCUUCUCACCGAGUUGGUGUUGGUGCUUGCGUGAUAAAUGAUAAAAGAGAGAUUCUGGUAAUACAGGAAAAAAGUGGCCCGUUCGGGGGCACAGGUAUUUGGAAGUUCCCUACUGGAGUUGUUGAUGAGGGUGAAGAUAUUUGUAAGGCAGCAGUAAGGGAAGUUAAAGAAGAGACAGGAAUUGAUGCAGAAUUUGUUGAAUUACUGGCAUUUAGGCAAAGUCACAAGUCAUUUUUUGGGAAGUCAGAUUUACUCUUUGUUUCCAUGUUGCGGCCCCUCUCCUUUGACAUCACGAAGCAAGAAGUAGAAAUAGAGGCAGCACGGUGGAUGCCAAUUGAGGAUUAUGCAGCACAACCAUUUGUUCAGAAAUAUGAGCUAGCAAAGUACUUGAGUGCCACCUGCAUUGCGAAGAUUGAUAAAGGGUAUGCUGGAUUUUCUCCGGUGCUUACCACAUCGACGUUUCCAGAGAAGCCAUUUGAUUUGUACUUGAACAAUCAUGAUCUGAAUCAGCCCCGAUGUUCCCGUGACCAUUCCUAGAUAAAGUUAUUGCCUAGAAGUUUUUUAGGGUAGGUGAUCCAAGCCAAUGGGAGCACGGGAGUAGGUGUUGCACGGUUCAUAUACAAGGAGGGGUCUGCAUUUGGGGGAGAAGAAAAUUUGUGCGAGAGGGCUCAUGAUUCUGGUAGUGUGAAGGUCGCUUUCCCUGUUCUAUAGUAUCCUUUGUAUUCCAAUGUUAACUGAUGUAUCAUUUUCUCACAAAACAGCACAUUGCUAUAUCCUUACUAUGGUGAAACCUAUAAUAUAAGAAUGCAAGGCAAUUCCCAUGACCA